AUGGCCAAACCCAAGAGUUCAAAAAAGCCUUCAAAAAACGCUGAGAAGGAUGCCAAGGAGGAGCCUCAAGGAGGAGUGUCCUCAGAAAUCAGCUCAGGCUAUCAGACGACAGAAGGAAGCACCUCCAUGUCUGAUGCUCUUCACAGCUCACAGAGAAUGGGUGUAUCAAAAACAGCCAUUACACAGACUGGCCAAGAUGAGACCAGUCAUAAAAGUGACAAUCUAGAAACAGAUGACACAAUCAGCACUGAUGGGAUUGGUAAAAGUGACAAGCCAGACAGAAGUACAGCAGUAACAGAAACAGCAAUCACAAAGUCUGGUCAAGAUGAAUCCAGUCCUAAAAGGGACAAUCCAGAAAUUCUUUUUUCCAUUACAGAAUCAAUAAUUACACACACUAUUCCAAAUAUCAAAACAAAUGCUCCUGCCAUUAAGAUCACAAGGACACCAACAAAUUCAGAUUACACAACUGGUCAUGAUGAGAUUUAUAAAAGUGACAUUACUGACCAAAUCUCUGCAAUUACAAAAGCUACAUUUACACCUUCUAAUCUGAAAUAUAAAACUAAUCCGGAUGGAAUAUAUAUAAAUCAGAAUGCAGAAACAAGAACUCCAUUUGUAGAGAUAAGUACACCAAUGAAUUCCGAAGAUUCAACCAGUCCUGAUGGAAUUAGUAAAAGUGACAUUCCAGAAUCAGCCUCUCCAGUCACAGAGACAACAAUGACAUCAAUAAAUUCAGAAGCCCCAAUCAAUCCUGAGAGAAUUGAUAAAAAUGUUGAUCCAGACAGCACUAUUGCAGUGAUGGGAACAACAAUCUCACCAUCUAAUUUGGAUUAUUCAACCAAACCUGAAAGUAUUGACAAACAUGACAAUCCUAACAAUACUACUACAGUCAUAAUUACAACCUUUGCACUGACUGAUCAAAAUGGUACACCCAAUCCAGAUGAUAUCAUUACAGAUGUCAAACCAGAUAAGACUAUGCCUUUUACAGGCACAACAAUUACUACCAAUCAGGAGGACAAAACUGCUCGUGAUAAAGAUGAUUAUGGUGAUAAUCUAGACAGGACUACUGCAGUGACAGAAAUAGCAGUUACACACACUGAUCCAGAUAAUAUAAUCAAUCCAGAUGAUAUGAUCAGACAUGACAACCUGGAUAAGAUUACUGAUGUUAUAGGUACAACAAUUACAGUGACUAAUCCAGAUAUAACAAACAAUGACAAGUUUAAUACAGUUACAAAGCCAACAAUUGCAGAGAUUAAUCCAAUGGGUACAACCAGAUCUGAUAACAGAAACAUCUUCCUAACUGGAACGACUGCAGUCAUAAAAGCAAUGACAAUGGACCAAAGAAGUGACAUGUCCAUUCCUGAAGUUAAUGUUAAAAAUAAGAGACCAAAAGAAACUACAAUAAACAUGGAUAUUAUAAGAAAAUAUAUUGAUAUAUCAGGAAAGUCACCUUCUCCCAAUAGUGAUGCUAUCAAUGGACUGGAAACAACUGCAACAGUUGCCAAGACAACAAUAGCACAAACUGACACACAGACAACUUUCAGCAUCACAACAGAAUCUAAACCUUUAAGUAAUUCUCCUAAUUUUGAGGGAGAUGACAGGCCAGGCAGUAACACCACAAAAACUACAGCUAUCAUAACAGAAUCAAAUCUUAGUUUACUUAGCCCAAAUGAUAAUGAUAAAAAGAGAAGGGCAGACACCAUUACCAAAAUUACUCGGACAUUAACUAUUGAAACUACAACCUCCCCUCAAAUAAAUAAACCUGAACAUCCAGACAUAAUAACUAAUAAAAAAAUUAAUCUUGUUUCAGAUAAAGGAACCACAAAAGAAAACCCAACUAACAAGAAUACAGUAACACAAGUAAGUACAACUUCCAGCACCCUAUCUUCUACAACAAACAAAAUUACAUCAUAUUCCUGUACUUGGUCCACUAUUGUUAAACCUACAACACAAAGGCAAGUCACUUGUUACUCCAGUCCAAGAGAUGCUACCAUUUCCACAACUAUAUCUCCACAGAUGAUUAUCAACAAGACUACAACCGAUGUUCAACCAGAAAAGAUUGCUACACUGCUAUUGUACAAAGAUGUACCAGAAGAGAUGAACUUGUGUAAUAAGAAGCCUGUAGAUGGGAUUGUCCCUCUACAAAAUGGAUCACUUGCAGUGUUCAGAGAUCAUUAUUACUGGCUGCUAAAUGGAACAAGUUCACCCUCCCCUCAACCUCGUAAAAUCUCUGAGGGAUGGCAUAUCCCUUCCCCCAUUGACACUGUGUUCUCCAGAUGUAACUGUGACGGCAAAACCUUCUUUUUCAAGGGGUCCCAAUACUGGCGCUUCACCAAUGAUGUAAUGGAUCCUGGCUAUCCUAAGCUGAUUGUAAAAGGAUUUGGAGGACUGAAUGGGAAAAUUAUCGGAGCUCUUUCAGUAGCUCACUACAGAAGCAGGCCAGAAUCGGUGCAUUUUUUCAAAGAAGGUGGCAAUGUUCAACAAUAUAUCUACAAACAAAAACCAAAGAAGUGUAAGAAGAAAGUUGUAACUGUGAAUUAUCCAGUUUAUAAACCAAAGACUCUGGUUCUGAGGCAGAGACGCUUUGGACGUGCAGUACAAUCUCGUCAGAUCUUCCGUAGAAUCCGGAUAAGGCAGUACCCAGUCAUUCGGAUCACCCAUCAUUCGACAGGCAUGGUCCUUGUUUUGCCUUGUUUAGAGGCUACGAUUAAUUAUUGUUUUGUGUUUGCAGGAGUACUGCAGCCAGAGGUUAAAAUUACAUCAUAUUGGAGAGGAUUUCCCAAAGAAUUUAAUUCUGCUAUUUCUGUUCCUAAUGAGGAGAAUGGGGAUGGAUACGAUUACUAUGCAUUUGCUAAAGAUAACUACUACAACUUGGAUGUGGGCAGCAGAAUAGCAAGACCAGUUACAACGCAAACUGGGCAGACGGUGUCCAAUGCUUGGUACAAGUGUCCUGCAUAAUAACUUGGAAACUCAACCAACCUGAAAGAAAUGCUUUUGUGUGACAGUUUCUCUAGUUUUUAUUAAUAAAGACAAUCAACUGUACAUACAACAAUCAUUUUAUAACAUUUAAAAAAGACUGCUUUAAGCUUGGCAGCUAUUAUACUAAUGCAGAAGAAAGGCAGACUAAACCGUAUACACCAUUUCCAAAAUUUGUACAGCAUUUAAUUAAUGUUGCCUCUGUUCA